AACCGUGAUGAUGACUUUAUCACUUUUUUGAGGAACCAGUUCACUAUAAAUGUUGGUUGGCCGGAGCACUAUUUCCAGUACCCCAGGCAACUGUCGUCGGAAUUCUACAGAGAACACCAGAUCCGGUACAAUGGAACCUAUUGCCGUCAUCCUUUGUGUGCUGUCUUUGAUAAUGACUUUGAGCCCAAGCCUUAGUGGAGCGGCGACCAUCAAGGGCACAAUAAAGGCCGGGGACGUCUCAUGUAGCUAUGCUGAGAUCAAAAACAACUCUGGUGGUGGACCCCGAGGAUUGCGUCUCUUCAGCUGCAAGAACAAAGACGGCAACAUGAACCUUGACUGCUACUACUACCCCGACAAUCCACACGACUGCCCUUGGUACAAUAAAAACCAGUCUAAAUACUAUAACCUCCUGGCAAAAAGUGCUAUGAAUAAUGGCCAGCCAUGCCGUAUGGGAAGCAUUUCUGAAAAGAAAUGUCACAAGACCUACCCAUGCGAGAGAGGCAACUGUAUGUGAGAUGUAAAAUGAAUUCAUGAUUCCAAACUUCUUCUUACAUCAGAAAUAAAUGCUCGACAACAAGA